AUGGAACAUGACAAAAAUACAGUUCCUAAGACAAUUGUUGUAUCAGAUGAUAUGGUUGAAGAGAUCUUUCAACAUCUUCCAAUAAAAUCACUCACUAAAUUUAAAAUCCUGUCAAAAGAAUGUAGAGGGAUGAUCGAAUCAACCCAUUUUUCCCACAAACGACUCGUACAUAAAGGAUUACCAAGCCCUAAUAUGAAAAGUCUUGUUGUUAGUCAACAAUUGUCUGCCAAGUUUCAUAAAGAAGAUUCAAACUCAACAACUUUGCGUUUGGAUACUUUUUCUGGGGAGGAUUACGAUAACAAAAAAUAUUUCGACAAAUCUCAAAACAAAACAAUUCAAGUCUUGGGGUCUUGUGAUGGAUUGGUCUUGAUUCGGAUCUACGACGAUUUUAGGUACAUUUACUUGAUCAAUCCGACGACUAAAGAACACAUAACACUUUUUCCGGAAUUUUCUCAAUGGCCAGUUAAUUUUAAUUUUACGGAAAAUAGAACAAGGGGACAAGUUUCUCAAUCAAUCUUUAGUUACGAAGGUGAAUUACUGAAGAUAAUGCCGUUUCUUGCUGGAUUUGGUAAAGACAUUGUUACAAAAUCAUAUAAGGUGGUUUUGAUAUAUUCAAGACCUAGGAAUUGUGUUUUUUUCAAGACCAAGGUCAUAUCCCUUGAUAAUGGUGAGCAAAGAGACGCAGAUUUUUCUACUUUAGAGGUCCGUGAAUUCUGCGAAGAGCAGACAUCAGUCUACGCAAACGGAUCUCUCUUUUGGUUGACGUUGGAUAAGAGGAGGCAAACACUUGAUAUGGUACUAGCUAUCGAUCUUCACACCGAAAAAUUUCGAUGGAUAAUGUUACCAGUGUGCUAUACCAAUGAUGCUACUAGAGUAGAAAUGUGGAAUCUGAAUGAUCAGUUGUGCUUAGCGAAUGUGCAAAAUAGUUCACAUGUGGAUGUUUGGAGUUUACAAGAACAAAAUCCUACCGAGGAUAUAUGGGAGAGAAUAUAUUCUAUUGAUAUUAAAAGAACUAGCCAACUACCUACAAAGUUUUGGAUGCUUGGUCUAGCGGCUCUAUAUUUUCCAAGUAUUGACAAGAGUCGAGGCCGAGAUCCAUUUGUUAGACAAAGAAUGAUCUCUUAUUCGCCGACAAUGAUUUCUCCUUCAAGUUUGAUGUUGUGAUGGUGUUUCUACCUUCACUUGGUUUAAUCAAAGUCAAAACUCAAAACUAUUAAGUUUUUAACAAUAUUAUAUA